CCAACUUGAACACCCCCAUCUACCCAUGUCACAACCAACGUAGCUGUGCAAAAUAUCGUUACAUGAGCUAAUGAACGGCUAAAAAAGGCUUGACAAAAGGACUCACCUCCAUCACACAUUCAAACAAUGGGAUAAGGUGAACCAAAUCUCGGCACGGGGCAUAUCAAGAAUAGUGCCAAACGAUAAGGAUGCAAUCCUGUUUACCAGUUCGUAUGUGGACAUCGUGAUGUAACCUCAACACCAAGAAAAUCCAACGAUCCUAAAGCGCUAUAGAUCUACUACUUUGAAGGUAGACCGUUGGAUGAACAAUAACCUUCAACAAGACCAAUGGUUGAGUUUAUAUAUAGAAAGUGGCAGAAGAGAGAGCUUUACCCAGAUACUGAAGUAGUGCAUUUAGCAGUAGAAGAAGAAGAAGAAGACGGGGAAGAGAAAUGGCUUCUUCCAUGAUGGUUUCCUCGGCUGCCUCAACAGCCAUUAACAGAGCCGCCCCAGCUCAAGCUAGCAUGGUAGCACCAUUCACUGGUCUCAAGUCGGCCGCUGCAUUUCCGGUCACACGCAAGCUCAGCAAUGACCUAAGCCUCCCCAGCAAUGGAGGCCGUGUUCAAUGCAUGUUGGUCUGGCCACCAGUUGGGCUCAAGAAGUUCGAGACUCUCUCUUACUUACCUACACUCGGACCCGAGGCUCUGGCUAAGCAAAUAGAUUACCUCAUCGUACAGGGAUGGAUUCCUUGCGUAGAGUUCGAUAGUAAUGGAUUUGUGUUCCGUGAGAACAACCGAUCCCCAGGGUAUUAUGACGGGCGCUACUGGACCAUGUGGAAGCUACCCAUGUACGGAUGCACCGAUGCUAGCCAGGUGUUGAAUGAGGUGGAAGAGUGCACGAAGGGCUACCCCCAGGCCUUCGUUAGGGUUAUAGGCUUUGACAACAAGCGCCAAAUGCAGUGCAACAGUUUCAUUGCCUACAAGCCUCCUGGCAACUAAGAUGCAGGGCAUGGUCUUGAGAUCCCUAUCCGUCUAAGUUCCCA